AUGGGCAACGCAUACACGAUUGAACUGCCCCGUAAGCUGCGUACGCAUCCUACGUUUAUCGUUGGACGUCUCCGCCUGUACUAUCAGUACGAGCCCGUUUUGAGAGGCGAAGAAAACAUCCGCGUUCGAGAGCCGAGACCACUUUCGAGUGGUCCCGUUUCAACGAGCCAGUCUGGUCGACGACCUUCUCGCGCAGUUGAGCGGUGUCUCGACGAUCUGCAGCCAGCUCGUCACGAAGACAACGAGUCGAACGUUCGUUCUCAAGUUGUGCCAGUGCAAAAGCGGCACGAUCGUCCGAACGAUCGUUCGCUAAGGAGCUGUAAUUACCCUUUACAAGGUCAUGAAACUCAUAACGCCGAGUUCGUUCAUGAUCCAGGUCAUCUAGUAACUAUUCCGUUAAACGGUUCAGCUUUUGAACAUAAAGCUGAUCCGACCCUUGAGCCGGAUCAGGUGUUCCCGCCUCCACCACAUCCUUUGGUGGACUCUGUAGGUGGUUAA